AGUCGGUUGACCUUGCUGUGGGGGUUCGACAUGGCGGCCGUUGUCAGGCUGAGUCUGGUGUGUGGACGGGGUUGGAAGCCAACAUUCUUCAGUAAAUCAUUGGCAGCUGGACCUCUUGUUGCUUCCAGAAAGACCCAGCAAACUCCAGUGCUUUUGACAUCGCAGAUUCACACAUCUCCCAGGCAUUUGACUGGUUCGAAAGCUGCCUCUCUACACUGGACUAGUGAACGGAUACUAAGUGUAGCGUUACUGGGCCUUUUACCUGCUGCCUACUUCUACCCCGGAGUUAUCAUGGAUUACUCACUGGCUGCAGCUGUUACUCUCCAUGGUCACUGGGGCCUUGGGGAAAUAGUCACAGAUUAUGUGCACGGAGAGACUAAGGUAAAGCUGGCCAAGUUGGGCCUCCAAGUACUGUCAGUUGUCACUUUCGCCGGUCUGUGUUACUUCAAUUACCACGACGUGGGGAUCUGCAAGGCCGUUGCAAUGGUCUGGAGCCUCUAAUUCUCAAAUUGUUCACGGUGCCGUCCAUCCAGCUGAGCUAUUUCUAGGUUCGCUUUGACUUAAAAAAUAUAUAAAUAUAUACUUUUCUCUUUUGACAAAUCACAAUAAUUAUUUCUUUACAAAGAGCUGACAAAAAUGAAACAUUUUUCCGAAUGUAUCUUUGAAACCUUUGUCUACACUGAUCGUAGAUGUUGCCUUAUGUCGUUCAGUCAUACCACUGGCCUUGUGUUUAAAUUGCACUUACCAUCCCAGUGCGCACAAGUUCCCAUUGUAAAAACUUCCAUUUAUUUUUAGUGCAUGUACAAAGGGACUUACUUUGCACUAGUGUACAAACCGGGAUCAAUUUGAUUCACAGCUAUGCAGAAAUUAUUGUUUUAUUUAUAUCAAAUUGUGUUUUACCAAGUAUUUGCAGCAUAAGAACAGACCAUUUGAUCCAACUGGUCCAUGCCAGUAUUCAUGCUCCAUAUAAGCGUCCUCCCACUCUACUUCAUAUCAGCAUAUCCCUCUGUUCUUUUCUUGCUCCUGUUUAUAUAGCUUCCCCUUAAAUGCAUCUUUGCUGUAUUCCUCAACGAAUCCAUGGGGUAGAGUUGCACAUUCUAAUCACUCACUGGGUAAAGAAGUUGAGAUGUUGUUUGAUUUGAAUGAGUUUGUUUUCAUAUUGUCUGUAAAAACAAGACCUUGGAACUUCCACUUUUCUUCAACUAUCCUUGUGAAGUCUGCUCAUUGUUGGAGAAUAAAACCCACAAGUGUCGUUUUUAUUCUUGCAAUCAAUGAUGUCACUAAACAGCUGCAGCAGAGUGCUUUGUAAGGCAGUGUGCUGUGCUCUGCUGAAUUUUCAAACUUUUCUUUAUUCGGCAAUGGGUCUGCUGCAGUUUCAACACCAGUUUAAACAAUUAUCAUUCUGAUUGCUAAUCAUUUUAACAAGCCAUUAGGGUGGGAUAUGGACACAUAUACAAUGACCGGUGUGUCUGGUUGCUCAUGUGAUCUGUGGGGAGAGGGCCAGGUGGUCUGGUCAACAGACCCAUUGCCGAAUAAAGAAAAGUUUGAAAAUUUGUCUAGCCCAGUGACCUGCUGAGGAAGUGCGUCAUUGUGACAUUUGGGUACCAAAAAUAGAAGAUCUUUAUUUACCUGCAACACCGACUUCACUCACUCCUUACAUUUUUCAACAACAGUAUUUGAAGGAAGUUUGAUCAUUUUGAGUCUAAUGUUACUUAUUUUGUUAAAUCCUUAGCAAAUAAUUUGUAAUCACUAAAGUAAAUUAUCUGAGCAUAACCUCUGCUGUUUCUGGGAGUUUACUAUGUGCAAUUUUGGGUGCUGUAAUUCCUGCAUUAAAAUAGUGACUAUACUUCAGAAGUAUUUCAGUGGCUUGUAAAGUGUUUUGGAAAGUCCUGAAAGUGCUUAAAAAUUCAAGCCUUUUAGUAGUAAAGCUGAUGAACACAUGAUGUCAGAAUGUAUGCAAGGCAGAGCAUUUGUCCGUCUUUAGCCCUUUCUCCACUGGAAAAGUGGACUUGAACCUAAAGUCAUAAACACAGUUGGCUCCCACAAUAGUAUCUGCUGCCAGCACUAAAAGAAUGAACCAAAGCUGAAUAAAACAACAUGGAGGCCCAGCUGUCAUUUUGGGAGCUAGAGAGGGGAGCGAAAGAUAAUCCAAGAGUUUUUCUCCAGAUCGUGAUUAAGUGAAUAGAGCUAUAAUGUGUAUUUGUGAUUGUUAGCCAAGAAUGAGAUUUUGUUUGACUAUGAUAUUUCUCCAGAGUUGAGCCACCAAUUCACACAGCUUGUCCAAGCUUACAUAAGUAGAAUAGGCAUUUGGCUGAGGGACUUGUCUCUUGAAACCAUGACCCAGUAAGAGAUAAUGAAUGCCAUUGGAGGGGGAGAAAAUUAAACAUAGCAUUAGAUUUUUUUGAUAAAGCAUCUGGGAGUGAGUCUUUGGGCUCAGAUAAUGGUUAAGCUGCACUAUUGAGGUUUAGGAGGUUUUCUGUACCCCUUAAUUAGAAUACCUUAUCAAUUACCCCAUAAAAUAAAACCCAACACCACUUAAAAUUAAAAAGAACAUAAGUUGGAGGAGGAGGUGACCACCAGAGUCAGUCAAGCCUGCUCUGCCAUUCAAUACGAUCAGAGCUAAUUUUGCUUCAACUCUCUCACCUGCCCCCAUAUUCCUUGAUUCCCUCAGAGAACAAAUAUCUGUAUUCAAUAAUGGAGCGUCCAUAAUCCACUGGGUAGAGAAUUCCAAAGUUUCAUUACCUUCUGAGUGAAGACAUUUCUCAUUUCGGUCCCUACAUGGGUGACCCUUUAUCUCAAAACUGAGCCCCCCAUGUUCUAGAUUCCCCAGCUAGUGGAAACACCUCUGCGACUACCCUGUUAAGUGUGGUAAAAAUAUCUUUUCGGUUCCAGUGUUAGUCCAUGACUCUGCUGGAUAUAGCGAAGAAAACUUGGCAAAAAUAAGAUGCCUUCACCAUAUUGAAAUGGAUAACCCAUUAGACUGUAUAAGCAGUGGCUAGAAAUAGCAAACUUUUUGAGCGGUUUUGGAUGUCAUUCCAUCCAAUGGACCACAUCUGAAUCCCUUGCUUCAAGUGCAAUCUCAUCAGGAUCAGUCACUGUGUCGGGUAUUCCCAAGUAGCUGCUUUGAUAUAUGAGUAAAUAUGCACACUUUCUUCUUGAGUUUGUGUCGUUGAUGAAUAUUAAGCUGCAAAGUAUAUAACACAGGUGAUAACUGUAGGCUUUCAGGGCUGUCAUUUUACUGUCCACUUUAUGCCUUCAGUGUAAUUCAUGUGGCCAAGGGAGAGUAACUUGUGCAAAGUUUGGUUUAGAGGCCUGCCUCACAAGCUGUGAUUUCAACGUGUAUGUGACCAAUAUAAGAAAUCUCCACAGACUUGGAGGAAGUUGGGAGAGAAAGGAAGGUCCCUCCUCUGAGGUCACUGUACAAUUGAUUUACACAUGCAGGAAAGUUUUGUCAACAGCUUUUUGCCAUAAUGUAUUUUUUCCUCCCCCUUCCAUGUGUAUGAUACAUAAAUAGGCAUCCUGAAUACAUGCAAUAACAUGCAGUGGAUCUUGUGUGGUAGCGCUCGCAGAAUUCCUGUGGUCAUUGUGUUUUAUAAGGAGCAGAACAUUGGAUCAUGUAAUGCACAAUGCAUCAUUCUGCAGUGAAGCUCGAGCAGUGAGAGACCUGGUGUCUGCAAGACCACAAGCCUAACUCCUGUACCCUCCAAGGUCAUUUACAGGCUAACUGCUGGGGUUAAUUAGAUGCCAAUAACUGGCUUUCCUUGUACUUUCUUUAAAAAUGAGAUGAGUUUGUAUUUGUGAGCCACUGAGAUAUUACAGGUGUGUCUCAAACAUUUUAUAGGUGAAAGUCCAACAGUCAACCAGUUAAUGAAGAAAACACUAAUCAAAUGGCCUGACUGCAUCAAUUGGUGGUUAAUCCUUAACUGGAUUGAAUCCAUCUCAGUGCAGUCUCAAUUAUUUUCUCUGUGCAGUGGCUCAGAUAAAUUCUAUGUUUAAGUCAUGACAGAACCAAUGAAAUAUCAGCAUUCAAUAUUACCCUUCCUUCAACUGAAUAUUUCUGUUCCAAAUAAUGUUGUUUUCAUAGAUAUUGAUACAAUGCAAUGUUGUGGUUAAAGCAGAUUUGCCACGGGAAAUUGCUCUGUUCAUAUUCUAAUUCAUGGCAUGACUGAGGGAACAUGGGCACACACUUAAAUGCUAUAAUGUUUUGUAUAUUAAUGAGUACAGCCAGUAUCUCAACCAGUUCCUUUUAAAACUUUGGCGUUUGUUUAAAAACAAUUGUUUAAGUCAGUAACAUCUGAUAUGUAAUUAUCUAUAAGAUCAGCAAUCCUGGAUAUUUAAAUGUUGAAGGGGCAGUUUCAGUGACGGUUAUUAUUAGAAUUUUCUGCAUUCAUACAAUUAGUCAAUUCUUUGUACAUAAUUUGUAAACUACAGCUGAGCAAUUGCAUUGUGAUGCUCCAGUAAAGUUGAAACCAAAUUAAAAUAAAACUGUGCUCUUAAUCAAAA